GGACCGCUACUUAUUCAUUACUAUGUGUACUUUAUUGUUUAGUUUAUUAUUGAUUACUUUGUUAUUUUGCCAUAGGUACAUUUUCAUUCAUUAAAGACAUUACCUAGUUUACGUGACAUUGACAACACUGAGAAUGAACGAUCAAUAUGUUAUUUUCGUUAAGUUGAGCUUUCUGGUUUGCUUUGUGUUCAAAAGCUCUUUUCCAAAACAUAUAAAAACAGAGCACUUGCAGUGAAACGUUCAUUCUCUUUGUACAGGUCAGUGGGUAAGGUGACAAGCAAGCAAUAGUAACACAAAACCUCCGUGGUGCUUCGCGUACCGUUGGUUGUUGUUAUUGCUUGAUGUUGUUACAUAUAUAUUUGGUUGACAAACGGCCAAACGAACAGACAGCACUAAUGAUCCGCGGUUGCUUCUCGCGCCGUUUCAUUAUGCUGCCUCGUUCGUGUUGUGCUGUGGUACGGUUGUUGGUACAGCACAGGCAUCCGCGGUCGCUUUUCGCGUCGUUUGCUUGGCUGUACCAAUGAUUGCAUCAUUCGUGUUGUUAGGCAUAUUUUAUAUAUAAUGCAUACAUAACGGUCAUUCUCUUUGUACAGGCAACAUUCAUGUUACAUAUAGCGUCCAUCUAAAUAAAGCAGAAUUAUAACGUUUCAUCAUUAACCCACACAUUUUAUCAUUUCGGAAGGAAUUAUUACAUAUUUUAUGUAAUUGGCGCCCAAAAACCCCAAUCCCCGCUACAAACUGUCGCCCAACUGCGGGGCCCGAAUUACGCCCGUAUAGCCGUGCAGAAUUGUUUGUUUGUUUUUCGAGCUGAAAAUAUUUUAAUUGUGUGGAGAGAGGAAAGCGUUUUGUCCGUAUUUGGCACAAUUUUUUUUGUCUUGUAAUUAUUGGAGAUUUUCCGUCUAAAGCCCUGGCUACUUCAUCUGAUAGUACAGAGGAGGUUGAAGUUUUUGCUGAAGAAACACGCAGAAGCCAACGAAUUGCAGGCAAAGCUAUGGUUUCCCUGUCGACCGAGCAAUUCGAACGUCUAUUGAGCGCCGUUAAUCGGCCCAGCGAAAAAUGCGGUUCUUUCAGUGGUUGUUCAGCCAGGUAUAAUGGAGAGCGGAAUCCCACCAAAGUGGAAGAAUUUAUUUCUGCCAUAUCCACUUACAAAGCUGUUGAGAAUAUAUCCGACGCUAACGCUGUGAACGGCAUGCCAAUGCUUUUGGAGGAUGAUGCUGCAGAGUGGUGGCGUGGUGUUAAACAAAAGCAAACUGGAGAAGAAGGUGAAGGAGAAUUGAAGACCGAAUUAAAGGAGAUUAAAGCAAAGCUAGCCAAGCUCGAUCAACUGUCAGCAAUACAAGAGUCAAACAAUAACAUUCAAGAGGCAGUAAAGUUUAUGUCUCAGCAAUAUGAUGAGAUUUUGAAGGGUGUAGCUGAGAAUGGAAAGAAAUUAAGAGAAAUUGAGAAAGAGAAUUCAAUGUUAAGAAAAGAAGUUGAUAGUUUGAAAACAUCUGUUAAAUUAUUGAACGAUGUACGCGUGAAAAAUGACUGUAUUGUGAGAGGAUUAAAUGCUGUGGAGAAUGCGUCAGCUGUUGAGUGUGUUCUUGAAUUUACUAAGAGUGUCGCACCUGAUAUUAAGGCAGAAAAUAUUGAAGAAGCAUACUUUGUUGGUGGCAUGCAAAAUGGGGACAACCGAAAGAAAACAGCUGUUGUUAAAUUCUCAGACAGGUGUCCGGUACACGACUUUUUGACAGCAUUUGAAGAUAUCUUGGAUAGAAUCGGUAGUAAGUCCGUUGUACUGUUUGGGGAUACGAAUAUUGAUCAGCUGAGAUGUGGCCAUUGUGAGGAUUUUAAGCAACUAUGUUUUAAUUAUGAUGUGCAUAGCUUUCACGAGUUGAUAACUAGACCAAGUUCAGAUGCUUCAAUUGAUUACGUACUAGGUAAUAUUUUUGGCAAUAUUUGCAUCGAUUCUGUUGAGUGCAAUAUUACUGACCAUAACUUAAUCUGUUGUAAAAUUGAAAUGGAGCAUACUCAGGUUAAGUAUGUUGAGAAAGUUAAAAAGGUGUGUGAUGUUCUGAAAGUAAAGAGGUACUUAGAAGAGUAUCCUGUAUCUGACAUAAGAUUGGAGGAUAGUAGUGACUAUGCGGCGGAGUUUUUAGAUAGAUUGUCAAAUGCCAUCUCAUUUGGAACAACGGAAAUAAGAUUUAACAAACUUUUGAGGUUUGAGAUUACACCUUGGGUUAACACGAAUCUCCAACGUCUAAUUCUUUAUAAGGAGAAGCUACUUUUGAAAAGAAGAAGAUCUAAAAAGGAGAAAUAUCACAUUUUAUUAAAAAGGAAUGCUAAAGUUUUUGCUGACGUCAUCAAGAUGCUACGUGACGCUUUUUCACCCCCUAAGCCUGCGUGGCGCAUAUAUGCCGAGUUAAACGAGACCAAGCAACAGAAAAGUGAGCCAACAGACAGUUUCAUUCGGAAAAAGAGAACAUUGUUUGCCCAGUUGCCAAGGGUUCCGUCUGAGGCUGAUCAGAUUGACAUGGUAUUUGGAAUGUUGCACUCGCAAAUAAGAGAACGUGUCUACCGACAUAAAGUGGAAACUUUCGACCAACUCCUAGCAGACGCAAGAGAAGCGGAGCAGGUUAUUUGUGAACGCGGUGUGGUGAACUCCAAUGGAAUUGAUGGAGGUCCCAAGGGCGGUCCAAAGCGAUGCACUUUUUGCCGUAAGAAAGGCCAUGUUUUUGAAGAAUGCUUCAAACGACAGAAGGCAGUAUCAAAGGCUACAGUAGAGGCAGAGGCAGCAGUCGUAAAGCCAAAGUUAGCAUGCUAUGGAUGCAAUGCACCUGGCUAUGUUCGUGCGAAUUGCCCUACAUGCAGUAAUAAGCCACGAAGUAAUACUCCAAUGACAGUGAGUUUCAACUCUUUGGGCAUGUGUGUCGGAAGAGACAUACCAAUGGUAAAUGUGGAAUUAUUCGGCAUCCCGGGUCAGGCAUAUUUUGACAGUGGAGCGAAGACCAGUAUCGCAAGUUCGAACUUAAAAAGAAUUAUGGAAUUCAAAGGUUGCAAGUUCAAGACCGUAGACUGCCGCACGACGCUGGCCGAUGGGAGUACAAAUGUUCGCAAAUUCUUGACGACUACAUGCAAGAUCUCUAUUGGAGGCAGAUCAUUGGAUAUACACUUCUUGAUUUUUCCGGAUGACAAGAAUAACCGAACCCUGCUUGGCACAGAUUUUAUGGAGCAGGCGCAAAUUGUCUUAAAUAUGGGUCAACAACAUUGGUACUUUGAAGGGAGUCCCACAGAAGUUUUUGAUUUCGCCGAAGAAUGGCCCCUAGAAUUGAACUUGGUGGAAACCAUAAAGGUGGCAGAGACACAUCUCAAGCGUAAGACAACUGAAGUUGCAGCCCAACAUGUUGAGCCCAAUUUUGUGACGCCAAAACGUAAUUGCGAAACAUAUGUUUCAGAUUUUGAGAGUUAUGGACCGGAUUAUAAUGUGGUGUCGGACUACUCUCCACAUUCCAUACAAGCCAUAUUUAAAGAUGCCAUUCCGACUGACAUGGUAACCCCAGAAAGGGUAAGAAAUAAUAGUCUUUUCCCAGACCGCAGCGAGAAGUCUAAUACCGACCAGGAUGAACCGAUGUUCAUCCCUCUAUAUAUGUUCGAGUACAACAUUUUGAAGGACUUCGAUGCAAAUAAUUUAUCAGAAGCGGAAAGAAUAAAGCUGGAUGAACUCUUGACUUUGCAUGCUAAGGCGUUUGAAGAUUCUGGAGAACCUACACCCUACGCUGUCCACAAGAUUAAUACUGGCGACCAGCAACCAAUAUUUUCGCCACCCUAUCGACUGUCAUUUGCGAAGACUAGGGAGCUGAAGACAGAAAUAGAUGUGCUGCUGGAGAAUGACAUAAUCGAAGAGUGCGACUCGGCAUGGGCUUCACCGGUGGUCAUGGUUCCCAAAAAAGACGGUUCUGUCCGAGUAUGCGUAGACUACAGGAAGCUUAAUGCGGCUACCAUUCCUGAUCGUUAUCCACUUCCACGUAUGGAGGACUUGCUCCAUGCGGCCAAGAGCACCAAAUACAUGACAACUUUAGACUUGCAGAGUGGUUAUUAUCAAGUCGAAGUUGCUGUCGAAGACCGGGAUAAAACAUGUCUAAUAACCCCUUUUGGUACGUUCCGGUUUAGAAGAAUGCCUUUUGGGUUAAGAAAUGCCCCCUCCACGUUUCAACGCUUGAUUAAUAGAUUCAAGGCGGGCAUUCCUAAUGUGUGCGUCCUAGCCUAUUUGGACGAUUUAAUUAUCUGCUCCGAAACAUUUGACCGUCAUCUUAAUGACCUGGAAUUGGUCCUCAAACGAUUAAUUGCAUUCAAACUACGUUUAAACAACCGGAAGUGCAGAUUUUGCUGCUCAAGCGUACACUUCCUUGGUCAUGUACUCACACCGGAAGGAAUAGCCGUAGAUCCAGAAAAGAUAAGGGCAAUAGUAGAUCGGAAAGAACCUCGUAAUGUGAAAGAGCUAAUAUCCUUUAUCCAGACCUGCUCCUGGUACCGCAAAUUUAUAAAGAGCUAUGCUGAGAUUGCCAGACCCCUUACCAAUUUAACAAAGAAAUCCGCAAGUUGGAAGUGGGGAAGCUUAGAACAAGAGGCAUUUGAUAAACUGAAGCAGACUUUGACAACUUCACCCAUACUGAAACAGGCAGUAGAUGGUAUGCCCUUUCAAAUUCAAGCUGAUGCUAGCGCCUACGCUCUCGGAGCAGUUUUGCUCCAGGGGGAGGGAACAGAGCUACACCCUAUAGAGUACGGCAGUCGUCUACUAAGCUGCGCAGAGCGCAACUAUUCGACCACAGAAAGGGAGGCUCUCGCAAUAGUUUGGGCAUGCAACAAAUUCCGUGGUUACAUAGAGGGAGGUGAGGUCAAAUUGCUCACAGAUCAUCAGCCAUUGAAAUGGCUUCUGAAUGUUAAAUCACCCACGGGUCGUCUCGCAAGAUGGGGUUUGCAGAUCCAACAUUACAAUUUCACAAUUGAAUACGUCCCUGGUAAGAAUAAUACUAUGGCGGAUAUGCUUUCAAGACCACCAUGCCCGGAAGAUAUUCAUGAGAACAAAAAUAAUUGCAUUUGUGCUUUCAUCGUGGACAUUCCAAGCAAAGGGCCGUCAGAGAUUCGAGAGGGUCAGAUGAAAGACGAAUAUUUGGCCGAAAUUAUAAAAUCUUUAGAACAUCAGGACGAGAAUUCUAUUAAAUGGAUCAACAGAAGUUAUAUCCUAAAUGAAGGCAUUUUGUACUGCUACGCAAAUGACGACAGUGAUGAGGCGCAACUCGUAAUACCAAGCCAUGAAAGGGCAGAUAUCUUAAAGGCGUACCAUGAUGAUAACACCGCAGGCCACUAUGGUUCCGAAAGGACAAUUGCUAGAAUUGCCAAUAGAUAUUUCUGGCCUGGAAUGCGAAGUGAGAUCGCAAAAUAUGUAAAGAACUGUGUGGAUUGUCAACGUUUUAAGGCAACAAAUCUUAAGCCUGCAGGGCUGCUGCAAACAACCAGCAGUAAGCAAAGAUUUGAGGUGGUGGCAGUCGAUUUAUUUGGCCCAUUACCCGAAACCGAGGAGGGUUACAGAUGGAUCCUUAUAGUAGAGGACGUUGCAAGCCGAUGGACCGAGUUGUUCAAGAUGAUUGAUGCUACAGCAGAAGCCUGUGCCAAAAUUCUGAUAGAGGAAAUAUUCCUACGAUAUGGAAUACCUCGGCGUAUAAAAUCAGACAAUGGUGUCCAAUUUGUUUCUGCGGUAAUGCAGAAGGUAACUUUCUGUUUGGGCAUUCAACAACAAUUUACACCCGUUUACCAUCCUGAGGCGAAUCCUGUUGAGAGGAAGAAUCGUGACCUUAAGUGUCAGUUAGCUAUAAUCGUCCAAGACCAGCAUGAUAGAUGGCAUCACUGCUUGCCAUCAAUCCGAUUUGCCAUGAACACUUCGAAAUGCCAAAGUACAGGUUAUAGUGCAUCAUUUUUAACGUUUGGAAGGGAGAUGAGAACGUUGGAUGAUGUACAACACGAUGUCAGAUCUAUUAUUCAGUCCGAAAACUUUAUUCCCGAGAUAUCAACAUACCUUCAGUCCCUUGUGCAGGUACUGAAAUACGCAAAAGAAAUGGAGAUGAAGACGCAAGACAAGAAUAAGGCCUAUGUGGAUCAGCAUCGUCGACUUCAACCAGAUUUUGAUAUUGGAACAUACGUCUUGGUUACAACCCAUGUCCUCAGCAAUGCAUCGAAGGGCAUAACAUCAAAAUUUAUGCCAAAAAGGGAUGGCCCUUACAUCAUCACACGCAAGAUUGGUUCAUCAACGUAUGAAGUUUCAUCACCAGCCAAUCCGAAUAUUCCGGUGGGUACCUAUCAUGCCUCAGCCUUAACAAUAUACAGGGGUGACCUUUCUGUUGAAGUGCCGGCACCAGUUCAGCCGAUUAGAAAGCGAGGAAGGCCACGGAAGACCCAUUGAAUUAAAGACCUCUUAUUGAAGCCAUGUGUUGACGCGCUGCUCGGGUGAGGACCCGCACGUCAAAGGGGGAGACUGUAGCGGACCGCUACUUAUUCAUUACUAUGUGUACUUUAUUGUUUAGUUUAUUAUUGAUUACUUUGUUAUUUUGCCAUAGGUACAUUUUCAUUCAUUAAAGACAUUACCUAGUUUACGUGACAUUGACAACACUGAGAAUGAACGAUCAAUAUGUUAUUUUCGUUAAGUUGAGCUUUCUGGUUUGCUUUGUGUUCAAAAGCUCUUUUCCAAAACAUAUAAAAACAGAGCACUUGCAGUGAAACGUUCAUUCUCUUUGUACAGGUCAGUGGGUAAGGUGACAAGCAAGCAAUAGUAACACAAAACCUCCGUGGUGCUUCGCGUACCGUUGGUUGUUGUUAUUGCUUGAUGUUGUUACAUAUAUAUUUGGUUGACAAACGGCCAAACGAACAGACAGCACUAAUGAUCCGCGGUUGCUUCUCGCGCCGUUUCAUUAUGCUGCCUCGUUCGUGUUGUGCUGUGGUACGGUUGUUGGUACAGCACAGGCAUCCGCGGUCGCUUUUCGCGUCGUUUGCUUGGCUGUACCAAUGAUUGCAUCAUUCGUGUUGUUAGGCAUAUUUUAUAUAUAAUGCAUACAUAACGGUCAUUCUCUUUGUACAGGCAACAUUCAUGUUACAUAUAGCGUCCAUCUAAAUAAAGCAGAAUUAUAACGUUUCAUCAUUAA